CGGGCGUAGGAAUACGUGUCUGACCCAGUUGCCACUGUGACCGUGACGCGUCCGUGGUGACCUCUAUCCUCUCAAAUCCCGUCGCUCCUCUGAGAAAUCACCCGAGAAAUCUCCGGCGCUUUAUCUCAUUUCAAUUGUUCUUAGCAGUUUGACCCCCCCCCCUGCAACAAUGACUACAUCAAGGCGUCUUGCUGAUAGGAAGGUGGAGAAGUUCGAGAAGAACAUCACCAGACGGGGAGCAGUUCCUGAAACUAGUACAAAGAAGGGAAGCAACUACCCUGUCGGCCCUAUCUUGCUUGGUUUCUUCGUUUUUGUGGUCAUUGGAUCAUCUAUAUUCCAGAUAAUUAGGACAGCAACAAGUGGAGGAAUGGCUUAACCGUCCAGUGGUCAAUUGACCAAAUACCGGCUGCCAGUUGUAGUGUUUUUUUUUGCCUGUUAGCAGGCAAAUGUAGAAAUUAAAGUGAAUCGUAACUAGAUAAAACUUUGUUUGUGUUUAAAGGACUGAUGGAACACACAGUUUUUCUUAUAUAGCUGAACCUUUUCUCAUUCAAUCGAUGUUGUGCUUUUUUGCCUGUUGAGUCAAA